AUGCUGAAUGCUUUCAGGAAGCAUUCCCCACCUCACUACAAAGGUGGAAGAGAUCCCAUUGCAGCAUUGGAGUGGCUCCAAGAGAUGGAUUGUAUUUUUCAGGUUAUGGAAUGCGAUACCAACACGAAGCUCCUAUAUGUGGUGUACAUGUUACAGGGGGAUGCUGCUGACUGGUGGAGUAAUGUUAGAAACCCACUUGAGUGCCAAGGUUAUGCUAUUACUUGGCCGUUAUUUGAGAGACAUUUUCUGCAAAAGUACUUCCCUGAAGAAGCCAUGGAAAGGAAGAAGAGUGAGUUUGAAGACCUCCGGCAGGGAGGCAUGACUGUGGAUGAAUAUCUGAGCAAGUUCAACCGCUUGGCAAAAUAUUCUUGUUAUGGUAGAACUCCCCUCACUCCAGAAGACAAGGCCUUUCGAUUUAGGAAGGGUCUGAAUGAUAUGAUAGCAGACAAACUGGCGGGUCAUUGCACCAGAAAUUUUGUGGAGUUGAUCAAGCAGUGCCAGAAUAUUCAGGAGCACUAUCGUACCAGGGGAAAGGAAGCAACAGGAAAGAGCUUCAGUGGGAAGACUACGCCCUGGAAGGGUAAGGGCAAGGGUUUGCAAGCACAGCAGAACACCAAGUUUAAGAAGACUCCCUUUGUGAAGAAUGGAAGCGGAAUGUCUAGUGCAUGGAAGAUUCCCACUUGUGCCAAGUGUGGGAAGAUGCAUACAGGUGUUUGUCGACUGGGGCAGAAUGUUUGCUUCAGUUGUGGUCAGGCAGAACAUUAUUCCAGAGAAUGCCCCAAGAAGACGGGGCAAGUUGCAGCCAUUCAGGCGAUCCCUAUUCAGUCUGUGCCUACUCAAAGAUCCAUAGAGGAGCCUAUGGCGCCCACUAGUGCCAGGGUAUAUGCAAUGACACAGCAUGAGGCAGAGAGGUCUCCAAACCUUAUCAGAGGUACUAUUCUUAUCAGAGGAUAUACUUUUGAUGCCAUGUUUGAUUCUGGUGCUACCCACUCCUUCAUAUCAGAAUUUGUUGCUAAUGGGGUACAUUUACCCAUUUGUGAGUUCACGCCUCCCAUGGUAGUGAAGACUGCCACCGGAGACAUUGUUUCUACUUCCUUGAAGUGCAAAGAAGUCAGAUUCAUAUAUGAGCAAGAAGAGUAUAUGGUGGAUUUAAUAGUGCUUGAGGGCAUGAAUCUACACAUUAUCGUAGGUAUGGAUUGGCUGGUCCGAUAUGGUGUGAUGCUAGAUUGUUGUAGGAGAAGGGUUUUCUUUGCUGCAAAAGGAGAAAAAUCGGACAGUUUGUACUUGACGGCAUAA